AGCAUAUAAAUUACAAUGUGAUAAACUUGAGAGUGAAAUAAAAGUUCUAAAAAAAAAAAUCAACAGCGCUGAACAAUCAACCAUGGUGAAUAAUAUAGAAAUUUAUGGAAUUCCAAAAACGUCCAAUGAAAAUGUUUAUGGCAUUGUGAAGACUAUUGCUCGAAUAUUGAACUGUGAAUUAAGUAGUGAUGACAUAGUUUAUUCAUCUAGAAAACGAUCUCAUCAUAAUAAUGAAGGAAACAUAGUUGUACAAUUUAAUUCAAAAACAGUUAAAGACUUACUCAUUAAUAGUGUAAAGUCUCGUUACAAGCUUAAUAAUCCACUUACAGCAAAAGAUAUUAAUCCUAAUUUUAGUAAUUCUAAGGUAUAUUUAAAUGAUCAACUUACUCAGUACAACAAAAAACUAUUUUGGCUGGCUAGAGAAGUUACAAAAUGUUACGAUUAUGAAUACAAAUGGGCAAAUUUGACAGGAAUAUUUAUGGCGAAACAAGGACAAAUCUUCAAAAUUUCAAACUUAGAAGAAUUACAAAAAUUGGAUGUUGAAAAGAAGAUAAAUGCUUUAUGGGAAUAGUUCUUUUAAAGUUAGACAUAAAACAAAAAGGUGUUUUUUUUUUGAAAAAUUAAGAUUGCUGAGAACCAC